AUGGGCUUAUUGCUGCAAAAGUUCCGAAAUUUUGUUAAAAAGCUUUUAAUGCAUUUAUUGCAUGGAACCGCGCGGGAAAUGGUAUUAUUAAAAAAGCUAGUUAAAACGUUCCCGUUAAAAGAAAAUCGACGGUUUUGCUGGAAAAAAAGGCCAAUAGCAUUUUUUUUAAGGAUUAAAACGGAAAGGAAAGGAAUGUUUAACCAAAGCUUAAAAAGCACCGAUUGGGUUAGGUUAAGGAUUAAAACGAAAGGUAUAAAAAGUAGCAAAAAUAACCGAAGCUUGUUAAGUUUUUUCCUUUUUUUAAAUAAUGCUUUUUUCGUUUGCUUAGUUUUAAUUGCUAAAGCAACUAUAACCGUUUGCAAAUUCGUAUUAUACGCGUAUAAAAUAAAAUUAGCGAAAAAGCAAUAA